CAGGUAGGGUACAGUUUGGUGCAGAAGGAAGUACAGCAGCAGCAGCAGCAGCAGCAGCAGCAGAACCAGCAGAAAGAUGACUUCCACUGGAAUGAACAUGAUGAGCAGGAUCGUCUUCUACGAGGACAGGAACUUCCAGGGCCGCUCCUACGAGUGCAUGAGCGACUGCCCAGACAUGUCCUCCUACCUGAGCAGGUGUCACUCCUGCCGGGUGGAGAGAGGCUGCUUCAUGGUCUACGACCGCACCAACUACAUGGGGAACCAGUACUUCAUGAGGAGGGGCGAGUACGCCGACUACAUGAGCAUGUUUGGAUGGAGUGGAGGCAUCAGGUCCUGCCGUAUGAUCCCCAUGUACAGGGGAUCCUACAGGAUGAGGAUCUACGAGAGGGAGAACUUCGGGGGUCAGAUGUACGAGAUGAUGGACGACUGCGACAACAUCAUGGACCGCUACCGCAUGAACAACUGCAUGUCCUGCAACGUGAUGGACGGCCACUGGCUGAUGUACGAUCAGCCCCACUACAGAGGCAGGAUGAUGUACAUGAGGCCCGGCGAGUACCGCAGCUUCAUGAACAUGGGCUGGAGCGGCGGCCACUUCAUGAGCAUGAGGCGCAUCACCGACUCCUUCUAUUAGACUCUGAGCACUGAAUAAAGCUGUCACAAACCACA